AUCACGGCACGUCCAGACGACGUGUAUCGUGUAUGUGUUUUAUUUGUUCGAAGGUGUUCGAGCUCUGUUAUGUUUUUUUUUUUGUUUAAUGAAUACUGAAUAAUAAUUAACCACUCGGCAUAUACAAUGCUAACAUAUGUUCAAAAUGCUCACUAUAAAGGACGCGAUUGCUUCAGAGUCGUCCACCGACCAACCGUUCUGUUAGCUGUUGCUGUUGUGCCGUAGUGACGAAAAUGAUUUCAAUACGAAAAGCCGUCUUUGUCGUAAACACUUUUCUGUUGUGUGUCUUGUUGGUUUUUAACAUUUAUUUCACAAAUGGGGACAUGACCAUUGUCGAUGUCAAAGAAUUCGAAUACGGAGGAGAUAUAUUUUUUGAGAUAACACAUCCACCAGAACUACAGUACACAUAUCGCAUACGACCAGCCAAAAGCUUUGGCAUCCCUUUUGACAGGGAAAAAUUUCCAGCUAAAAAUACAAAAUUGGUACUUGUCGACCCUCACCAUGGAUGCGAAAUUCCUAAAAACGCAAAGCAACUUGAAGGGAAUGUUGCAUUUGUGAAAAGAGGUGUGUGUAGCUUCUUAAAGAAAACUGUAAUCUCAGAAUUAUCUGGAGCAAAAGCUAUUGUUAUCACAGACAACAACAUUUAUGAUGAUACAGCUUAUAUCCACAUGAUUGAUGAUGAAAGUGAAAUGUCUGCCAAUAUUCCAGCUGGUUUCCUUGUUGGAAAAUCUGGGCAUUUAAUACACACCAAAAUGACUGAACUAUUGAUGACAGAACUCCCCAUUGUGUUUCCAUUAAACAUGACUUAUGUACCGAUACAUGAAAUCAAACAACCACCGUGGAUAACAAUUUGAAUCUUGUACGUUCAACUCAAUACUAGACUGAAAAUCCCUCCAUGUUAUCGUAUAGUUUUAAUGUUAAUCUUUAUGUUUUGAUUUUAUUUUAUUUGAUAAUGACUGAACGGAAAUCUCACAUGUUAGAAUAUAAUUGCAGACAAUUGAGGACCUUAUUUUUAAAUAGUUUUAGCUAUAAUUUACUACAAUUAUGCAGUUUGUA